CGUUCGGUUCGGCUUCGGUUCGGGCGAUGAAGAACCGGCGGCCGUCCCUGGUUCGGGGCCGCGGGGAGCCCGGAAAAACCCUGCUGAGCUCCGGCGGCGGAACCUGGUGACCUGCGGGCCGUUGGACCUGUGCUAUGCGGUGGUGGCUCCGCGCGGCCUUCCUCAGCCUGCUCGCUGGGACCGACGGCAGCGGGCAGAGCGGGGCCGUGGUGGGUCGAGUCGGGGACAGCGCUGUGUUGGGCUGCGAUCUGUUGGGAACCCAACCGAACCGACCGCCGCUUUACGUCAUCGAGUGGCUCCGGGUCGGGUUCGUCCUCCCCAUCUUCAUCAAAUUCGGCCUUUAUUCGCCGCGAGUGGAUCCGGAGUACAUCGGUCGCGUGCGGAUCGAGGAGGGCGCGUCGCUGCGCAUCGACCUGCUGCGCGCUGAGGACCAGGGCUGGUACGAGUGCCGCGUGCUCUUCCUCGACCGACCCAGCAACGACGCCGACUUCCAAAACGGGACCUGGAUCCACCUCACCGUCAAUGCACCCCCAACCUUCUUGGUGACCCCCCCGGCGUUUGUGGAGGUGCGGGAUCGCGAGGCGCUGAGCCUCACCUGCACGGCCGUGGGCAACCCACAGCCCAUCAUCAGCUGGAAGAGGAGCGACCUGGCCCUGCAGAGCGGAGACACGGUGCAGGUGAGGAACGGGACGCUGAGCAUCGCGGCGGUGGAGCGCGCCAGUGCGGGCACCUACACGUGCCAUGCAUCCAGCAAGGAGGGCACCGUCACCCACACGACCCGUGUGCUCGUGCAGGGGCCGCCCGUCAUCGUGGUGCCACCGCAGAACGUCACCGUUAACGUCUCCCAAGAUGCCUUCCUGGCGUGCCAGGCUGAGGCGUACCCAGGAAACCUCACCUACACCUGGUUCCAGGGCAGCAGCAACGUCUUCCACCUCAGCCACCUCCAGGCACGGGUACGCAUCCUGGUGGAUGGGAGCCUCCUGCUCCAGCGAACCACCCCGGAUGAUGCAGGCAAAUACACCUGCAUCGCCAGCAACGGGCUGUGGAAGCCGCCUUCAGCCUCAGCCUUCAUCACAGUGCUGUACCCAGCACAGGUGACCACCAUGCUCCCAGAAACCCACCUGCCCAAGGGGAUGCGAGGCAUCAUCCGGUGCCCCACCAGAGCCAACCCCCCUCUGCUCUCCGUCAGCUGGACACGGGAUGGGCGCCCGCUGGAGCUGGGCAAGCUCCCAGGGUGGUCCACGAGACCUGAUGGCUCCAUCGUCAUCGCCACGGGGAAUGAUGAUGCUCUGGGGGUGUACACCUGCACCCCCUACAACAGCUACGGCACCGCCGGCGCGUCCCGACCCACCCGUGUCCUGCUCAAGGACCCUCCCGCCUUCACGGUGCGUCCCAAGGAGGAAUAUUUCCAGGAGGUGGGCAGGGAGCUGGUGAUCCCCUGCGUGGCCCACGGGGACCCACCGCCCACCAUCACCUGGGGGAAGGUGGGCAGCGCAGGGCAGUUUGGUGCCCAGGUGGAUGGGAACAGCAGCCUCGUCUUCCACCCACUCAUCAAGGAGCAGCACGGGCUGUGGGAGUGCACGGCCACCAACGCGGUGGCCAGCGUCAGCACUGCCACCACCGUCCACGUGCUGGGAACCAGUCCUCACGCCGUCACCAACGUCUCUGUGCUCCCCCUCCUGUUGGCAGCCAACAUCUCCUGGGAGCCAGGCUUUGAUGGAGGCUACUUCCAAAGGUUCAGCGUUUGGUACACGCCGCUGGUGAAGCACCCACCCCGUGCCCACCACGAUUGGGUGUCGCUGGCGGUGCCUCCGGGUGCUCAGCACCUCUUGGUGGAGAACUUGCAGCCAGACACCAGCUACCAGUUCAGCGUGCUGGCUCAGAACAAGUUGGGCAGUGGUCCCUUCAGCCAGAUCGUCACCUCCGUGCCCAGGGGCUUCCCAGUGACCACAGUGCCUCCGGAGCCACCGGCCAUCACCGUGCACAUCCUCCUGUCCCCACCUCAGGCUCUGAGUGCCAACCAGACAGCACGGGGGGUCCUGCUACGUUGGCAGCCCCCAGAGCAGCUCUCGGUGCCGCUGAGCGGUUACGCCUUGGAGCUGCGGCAGGACCGGGGUGGCUGGGAGGUGCUGGAGCGCUCCAUCCCCAGCACGGAGAGCCAGGUGUUGGUGCCAGGGCUCAUCAAGGACGCCUUCUAUGAGUUCCGCCUGGUGGCCUUUGCUGGCAGCUACAUCAGUGACCCCAGCAACACGGUGAACGUCUCCACGGCAGGGAUGGAGGUGUACCCAUCCCGCACGCAGCUCCCCGAGCUGCUCCCACAGCCUGUGCUGGCCGGGGUGAUCGGUGGGAUCUGCUUCCUCAGCGUGGCCAUCAUCUUCAGCACCACGGCCGCCUGCAUCAUGAACCGACGGCGCGCCGCACGCAUCCGGAAACGGCAGCGAGAUCCACCGCUUGUCUUCUCCCCCAGCAAGAAGCUCCCAGCUGCGCAGGGCAGCCUGACCAGCCAAAGCAGCGGCCGUGGCAGCGCAUCCUUCCUGAGGCCCCCCUCACUCACACCGUCCCUGGGGGGGCCCGGCCCUGGAACCCCCCCGGGGGAUGGGGGCGGCUGGAAGGUGGGCACCGAGCCGGUCCCCAAUGUGGGGGGGAAAAGGAGGGACACGUCUGUGGACGAGAGCUACGAAUGGGACACGGAGGUGACAUUGGCCACCGACCUGCUGGCCGCCCUGCAGCUGUACCGCCCCGCAGAGCCCCCCCAGCCCCUCUCCACCAUCACCCUGCGGGACCUGGAGCGUCAAAGCAUGGCAAACAGGGGACCAUCGUAUGGGCUGAGCCGGGAGGUGCAGCAGAAGAUCGACCGUCAGUACGACCCCGAGCUGGAGCAGCUUUUGGUGCGCUGGAUGGUGGGGCAGUGCGGUGAGGACAUCCCCCAACCCGCGCCUGGGCGUGAUGGAUUCCAGCAGUGGCUCAAGGACGGCACCGUCCUGUGCCGCCUCAUCAACAGCCUCUAUCCUCGGGGCCAAGCGCCGGUGGCCAAAAUCCAGGCGUCUUCCAUGGCCUUCAAGCAGAUGGAGCAGAUCUCCCAGUUCCUGCAAGCAGCUGAGCGUUACGGCAUCGCCGCCACCGACAUCUUCCAGACGGUGGAUCUGUGGGAAGGGAAGAACAUGGCGUGCGUGCAGAGGACGCUGAUGAACCUGGGCAGCUUGGCGGUGGCCAAAGGCGAUGGGCUCUUCGUGGGAGACCCCAACUGGUUCCCUAAGAAAUCGCAGGAGAACCGCCGCGUCUUCUCGGAGGAUAAACUGAAGGAGGGGCAGAGCGUCAUCGGGCUGCAGAUGGGCACCAACCGUGGCGCCUCACAGGCGGGCAUGACCGGGUAUGGGAUGCCCCGACAGAUCCUCUGAACGGCCCCAAAACCCCCCCACCCC